GAGGAUGGCAGUCCGACCCACAGCUCUGAAUCUGAGGAUUUACGGGACACAUUUCUCAUGAAUGGGAGUCAGAUUCCAGCCUCCAGAGAAGCUGUUUGUUGUCAGCUUCAACACGGAAAAAACUUUUGGCUUUUAAAUAAGAGUCUGACUGAAACUCUUAAGCUGCAGGUUUUACUUCCAGACAAGUUUCCUUGCAGCAGACGGACUGUUGGAUCGCUCCCGGCAUGGAAAACGGCUCUGAGACUGGGCGACCCUGACAGGGAAUAGAGGGAAAAGGGCAACUAAGAGGGACCAUCUGUGGUGGGUUAACGCAAAGCGAUGACAGAAGAAGCUAAUAAAGAUACCAUGAGGACGCCAGCAACCUCAGAGAAGGCCAACGGUGAGCAGCCUGCAGUCACCAUGACGACAGUAAACAUCCCCCUGGUUAACGAAGUCCAGCUGAGUGCCGCCACCGGUGGGACGGAGCUCUCCUGCUAUCGCUGCACCGUCCCGUUUGGCGUGGUGGUGCUCAUUGCAGGAAUUGUGGUCACUUCGGUGGCGUACAGCUUCAACUCACACGGAUCCACCAUCUCUUACUUCGGUCUGGUGCUCCUCUCGGCCGGACUGGUGCUUUUAGCGUCCAGCGCCAUCUGCUGGAAGGUGAGAAUGGAGCGGAAGAAGGAGAGGCGGCGGGAGAGUCAAACCACCUUGGUGUCACAUCACAGGAGCAUUUUCACUUGAACAAAUGCAAAUCCUUUUUUUGUUGGUUUUUUUGAGUUUGCAAGCGAUUAACCUCAACCUUAAUGUGGUUAAUACCGUCCAGCAUGUGUUGGAUUUCCAACCUGUAAAAGCUCUGACCGCAAACUCCCAGAACUCAAAGCUUUGAAGACAUUAUAUGGGAUUUAUUUGUCAAAGAGACGUCAAACAUGUGGCCAGCUGGGAAUGCAGCCAAGAGGAAUGUAUCACAAUUAAGAUGAAAUACCGCUGUGCACAGCAGUGUGCAGGAAGUCUCUCAUUAAUCUGCUGCAUGCAGCAGCUUUGAUUGCAGUGGGAGGGAUUGUGAAAAAGAGAAGCGCAGGAUGGAGUAUGGGAACUGGAAUGUUCAGGAAAAUGAUUCACACCUCAUUUACUUGCACAUAUUUGUUCAUCAAGUCUCUUUGUUAAUCUCACAGGGAAUGGUUAUGAACUCCCUUAUGGGAGUAUGGUACACGGCAUCAGCAUGUCUGAUCAGAGGGCACAAGCUGUCAUCCACAGAGAUGGACUGUUUAACCUUAAAUAUGUAUUCUUUUGAAGCACUUUGAUCCUUCACAUUCACCAUAUUCUGUAUUAAACUGCAUCUAUUAGUCUGUAUUAUUGCUUUUUAUGUCGUCCUCACACUUCAUAAUGUAAAAAAUAUUGAAUGUAGCGUAUGUUUUCUUUUAAUGUUGCAUGUAUGAACUGACAGCAGGUCAUUCUGAGUUUUAAUAAAGUCAUUAUUACUCAAA